AUGUCUAAGUCUCAGUUUCCUCGGUCUCUGUUCCCUCAAUUUACGGAAGAAGAACUACAAAAAGCAAGUAAAAUUAGCCACUCUUCUGUAAAUUGGACUGAGUAUAAUAAGUGGGUUAAGGCUGGAGAACCAUUUAAAGAACACGACGAAUUAAUGUCUAUGAAUCAGAAACUUAAAAAUGGAUCAACUCAAAGAAGAUUAGCUGAACCCGUAAACAAAGAAAUGGAAUUAGUUCUAACAAGAAUGACGGGAAGGCGAAUCAAAAAGCCCAAACCACCACUUGUGAUGAAAGUAAAUAUUGUUGUAAAAGCUCUGGAUUCAAUCAAAUUUCCAACAUUAGCAAUAUACAUGAAUCAGAUACUUCAGGAUCUACAAAAAGACGGUAUUCUUAAUGAUGUAAUUGGUCUUGAGCAAGUUAGGGAAUUUAAAUAUGAUAAAAAAAGUGAUGAGAUGAAACUAGUUAGGCCAAAUAUUGGCUUUUAUAAUGUAGUACCAAAAGAAUCCUAUAUUUACACUUUGACCUUAACAAAUAAUCACUUUUUAAUGUUAAGACACUUAGAGGAAAGGUGGUUUAGAUGUCUUGCUUAUCUUAUUAACCAUGAUUCCUAUUUGGAAUUUCUUAAUAUAUUCUUUACAAAUAAGACAACACCAUAA